AUUGCGGAGGAAAUACUCCACUUCUGCCUGACAAGCAAUGUCUGACCUUCCUGUGGUAUGCCUGUAACCAAAGUAGCAUGAGAGGUGUAAGCCAUAUGUUUGGGUUGUCCAAGUCAACCGUUCACUCAUGCAUUCACAAAGUUGCAGCAACUAUAUCCACUAGACGGCAUAGUGUGAUAAGAUGGCCUGACCAAACAAGACAAGCUCAUAUUGCUGAAGGGUUUGCUGGGGAAAGCUGCCUUCGUGGCAUCGUUGGUGUGAUCGAUGGGACCCACAUCAGAAUUGUCAACAUUCUGAAUGGUCAACCUGAUUAUAUAAAUCGAAAAUCCUAUCCAUCCGUCCAGCUUCAGCUUGUAGUUGAUGACAUGAUGCUAAUAACGGAUGCAUAUGUAGGAUGGCCGGGAUCAGUGCACGAUGCACGGGUUUUCCGCAACUCUCCACUGUACCAUGACGUUGAAGAUGGACAUAAAUUGGCAGAGCAUCAGUAUCUCAUAGGUGAUACUGCCUACCCGCUCAGAAGCUGGCUGGUAACACCCUUCAAAGACAACGGACACCUGUCGCAGCAGCAACGCAGAUUUAACAGGAUGUUGUCUGGCAAACGCCAAGUUGUGGAAAGAGCCAUUGGCCACCUAAAAGGCAGGUUCCGAAGAUUGCGGGAGCUCAUGUUCCAUGACAUAAGUCAGAUAUGCCAAUUUAUAAUGGCUACAUGUGUAAUGCACAACUUGUGCGUGCUGCCUGAUGACGAUGUGAGCAGUUUCAUCAACUUCGACGACCAAGAUGACAUGGAACUUGAGAAUAUCUUUGCAGAUGCAACAGGUGGACAUGUCAGGAGGAAUGCUUUGGUUGCCCAGUGUUAGUGAGUUUGGAGUUUUCUCCUUAGAUGGGUC